AUCGAACUUAGUUCAAUAUCGGUGUAAAUAUCACUUAUAAAAUCGUUUUAAAUAAAAAGGUGAUAUUAUUGAAACAACUUACGGAUUGAGAAGGAUUCUUCAUUAAUAAUAUUUGAUAUGAAAACAGGUAUAGUUAGAAGAAAUGUCAUGUGAUAAAAAGUGAAUAAGUCUACUGUAAGACAUUCUCGUGUGUUUAAGGAUAAUGAGGGUUAUAGAAAUGACAGGGACUGUCACAGAAGCCAAGAACUCUAAUACACACCCAGCACAAGGUUAAGUUAUUAUGGCUAAACUGAAAAAACCAGCCAGACGGAAAAGGAAACAGAAAACGACAUCGGCAAGGCAAUUGCCGAGACUUAUUGCGAUUCAAAGACGUUGUAUACCAAGAGUGCAUAGAAAAACGAUGAAAGCUGCCUUUGGAGAAUCAAAUCUCUUUUGGAACAAAAAAGAUGCUGGAGCCAAAGAAGAACUUGAUACUGCGCCAAAUUCAUACCUUGAAACCAGUUUCUUGUUGUCAACGGAAUUAGAAAAUAUGGGCUAUAAUGACGUGAACAGAAAAAAGAAACAGGAGAUAAUGAUAGCACUAGAUGAAUGCGUUCACAUGGCUGAAAGAGCUAAGCCCAAUGGGAACCCGAGGUUCAAUUUAGCAGUUGGAAGCCAGAUAGAAUGCACUGCCCUAAAAGACUCGGACUAUGACGUUCUUUUCGGCCCAUCCGCUGAACACGUGGCUGCCAUCAGCACUUCAAAUGAAAUGAAAGACGGUCGUGUUAAUGCACUCAUAGUAAAAAAUAAGAUGUCACCUCCAGGCCAUUCAUGGAUAAAAUACCUUGCUCCAACACUUCCGAUAACUGUUAAAAGAUAUACCAUGCUUAAACUGGAAAUGUGGUACAGAGUCCAAAUUCAGUAUAAACUAUACGGCCAACAUUACGAAUUUUCAAAAGAAGUCCCAGAUGAAGACACACAUUGGCUACGUACAUGGCCGGGUACUCUCUUUAUAGACGACAAUGAUUUGAAGUUCUAUGUCCCAAACAGUCUUUUUACAUUGAUAGGAAAACAGAUGUGGGCGGGUAAAGCUUCCAGAACUGGGCCUUCUUUUUCUUGCAACACUGUUGAUGUUGUACGUCCGAUUUUUUGCGAUACUGUUUACCCCAAGGAUCAAGACCCUAUAAUCAUUGGAGGGAAACUCUACGGUAGUCUUCAUGUACCAAAGGAAUAUCCUUGCAAUUUUGUCCCUGUUGGUCACCAUGAAAGCGAAAAUGCAAUUUUGGAAUGGCGGAUAUCGUACAACCUGACAGAAAGAGAAAUUAUGUUUGGAUUUAAUAUAACACACAUUCAAACAUACGUUGUUCUCAAGAUGUUACAGAGACACUAUUUUAAACGGCAUGAAGUCAUUAUGGAGAACAGUUUUACCAGUUUCCAUUGUAAGACCGCUUUGUUUCAUGCGGUUGCUUCAACUGAGGCGGGGUUUUGGGUUAAGAGAAAUUUGAUUAACUGUGUUCGACAAUGUCUGAAGAUGAUUCGAAUAUUCGCAAAGAAAAGAUUUUGUCCACAUUUCUUUAACAAAGCAUUUAACAUUUUCAGUGGAAAACUUCCACGCUGUGGCAAACACUGGGGUAUCUUGAUUGAGCUUGCUGAUGAUUUGAUAAAAGACCCAAACGCAUAUUUUAAAGGUCUCAAAGAAGAAAAGAAAAACACUUUUCAAAUUCAAAGCUUGCCAAGGGAAACUCAAACGUUUGUUUUGAAGUGUACAAUGCUUGUUGAACAAGUAAACAAAUAUAUUUUGUUUUUGUUCUUUUAUCAUCCUCAGGGUGGUCAUGCUAUAAACGUUAAGCUAAAUGACAUUCGGCAAAUGCGUGUUAAGUAUAAAAAUAUGCAAAGGAAAGCACACUACCAGAUGGAGUUAUCUACGUCUGGUCAACAAAAGAAAUGCGCCGAGGUCGUUCUUUCAUUUUUAAAAGUAAGACACUGUUUGCUUUCAGCGGCGUACUUGUUACAAAAAGGUAAAAAAUUGAACGCUCUUGUACCUGAGAAUAUAUUACCUGACGCUCUAUCCAUGGAAUUACAAAUGUCCUCUCUUCUGUUUGCAAGUGGAAACUAGGAACAAUGUCGACUUUUCCUGGACCGUGUUUUCUUGAAGACUAUCGAAGAUCCAAUUUUCUUUGUUCAGUGUCAUGAUAUAAAUCGCCAAGUAUUACCUAGUGACUACGAAGAAUUCUUCAUUAGAAACCAUGGACUACUUCCAAUCACUGAUAUUUCCGUGUGGACAUUUAUAAAGCGUCAUGUCUCUUUGCAAGUUACGUUCAAUGCUUAUGAACUUUGCCUUAUAAAUCCACUUUUGCGGUUUGAAGCAUACCGGUUUCUUUUCGAAGAUAUGGGAAAUAUGAGUAGCCUUGACGACGAUUGGAGGUGUUUUGUUCGUUUGGAUUCCAUUCCAUUUCUUUUCUUCAUGCAGUACCUUGUCUACAAAGAAUUAGGAAUGAAGAAACAGAAAUAUGAAGCGCUCGUGCGGUUGGAAGUGUGCAUUGACUUUUCCUCCAUGUUAGAUCGUCAUAUCGCAAUGAACAUGUUCGGUAUCUGCUGCGAGUGUGAAUGGAAUUUUGAUAAAGCGUUUCGUUUCUACAAAAUAUCUUUAAGAAUCCGGCCGCAGUUUAACGCUUCAAAAUUCCAUAUUGCACUUUUAGUGUGGAGGUUUUGGGUUAAGCAGAAUGUAGAAUUGCAAGCAUGCAUCUUAUCAAAUAUUACAAAUAUCGUUGACUAGUUUCCUUCGUCUAGACUGGAAGUUUUCAUAGGGAAUGACACGCAUAUGCUUUGUUCACCUCCGUAAAUAUCCGUACCAACAGUAUUUUCGGCCGUUAUAAUCCCCACUUGGCGACAGUCAAUUUUGAUGGUGCUUGUAUCCAUCAAUGCCGUGCUUAGCUGAACAAGUUUAUUCCGUGGUGUCGUUACAGAUGAAAGUUUGGAAUUGAAAAUGGGACAAAAUUAUGAUAAUAUGAAUUGUAGUUUUAGCAAUGAGAAUUGGUUAAGAAAAAAAAAACAUCAAUGGUGUUAUGGUGAUGCCAGCUGACAAAGGUGCAACUAGCAACAUCAAUUCUAUAUCUUGUGUUUUGAAGUCACACGAAGAUAAGCAACACAUGAAUACAAUUUUAAAUAUACGUGAUUCACGACAAUCGAUGUCAUUCAACUAGUCAAUCGACCAAUUAACGACAUGGGCUUGUUUCUGUAGUUUUUCAUAUAAUUAAGUAUAUACAUGUCUUCGUUGUCUAAAAAAACUCAAAUCGAUUGUGACAAACUGCAUCGUGUUAAUUGACUUAUAUCAGGUCUUCUAUUCGCGUCAUGUCAGUUGAAUAACUAUUUUCUCAAGAUGCGAUAUCAACAAAUCGGGAUGCCUAUCUCGUUUGAUGAACAUUUCGAAUAGAAGUUUGAAGUUUGAACUUUUGAAACGUUUUCUCUUUUGUUUUGUUUUUUAAAUAAAUGCAUCUUUCCUGACGGUUUUUGAUAUUCAGUUUGAGUGUAAAUUGUCCAUGGCAGUUAUAAAAUUUUAUUUUUCAAAAAAAUAUUAUUCUAAUUCAUGUUCUGAAUAUAAAUUGUAACAUUUUUAUUACACCUGUAUUUUUUAAGUUUUAGCACUAAAAGAAGUAGAUCUGUAUAAUGCAAAUGAUAUAAAUAAAAUGUCAUAUGAUAAUUUAAAACUGUAUCCGGUUUAUUAAAAAAACAUUUUUAGAUAUUUGUUUGUUCUAACAGGGAUUUUUAAGUUAACAAAUUUACUGGUUCAUUAAAAGGGCUGUACUCCGUAUGAUGAAAAAGCGAAAAAAGAAGAAAAUUGUCGAAAACAGACAUAAACUUGGUAUCGAUGUGUACAAUGCAUUGAAACUUAUUAACUAAAGUAUCACAUAGUUUACAAUUAAUUGAUUUUUCGUAGUUCUUUCGUAUUUUUCCAUUAAAAAAGAUUACUAGGUAUGUCUACCUAAUAGAAUUCGUUUCUUAUGCGUGAUUGGCUAGGCGAUGUUAUCACGUGAUAUUACCAAGUAAGGUACAUAGCUUAAAUAUUCCAACUGUUUAGGGUAAGCCUUCGUAGCACAGUGGAUACAACACGGAACUGUAAUUUUGGCGACACCGGUUCGAACCCGCUCUCCGACGCCAUUUUCUUUUUACCUUUUGGUCUUUGUUUUACAAAUAUGAUAUUAAAGAGUAAAACGUUUUAUUAAAUAAUUGUCCUGAGAUUCGUUACAAAAAACCCUUUCUUGUUGCCAAUCUGGUGUACAGUCCCUUUGAUAAAGACAUUCAACACAGACAUAAUGAGUAACUUCAAUUAUUUUAAAAUUAAUGAAAAUUCAAAUUACAAGUUUGUUGAUCAGUUCACUAUUAUUAUUUUUACAAGGAAUAUGUUGUUGGGUCAAAUGUUUAUUUACUGCAAAAAGUUGACUCUAUCUUUUGGAAAUUCCAAGUGUCUAUUUUUAGACACACGAGUGUAACAUUAAAAAUAUGUGUGGGGUUUAAAAAUAUAUAUAAAAUAUUUUAACCCGAAUGUCAUGGUGAAACUUUGGAUAUAGAAAAUGCUUACUUGAAUGUUGUUGGCAUUUACAAUA